GUUUAAGUAGCCCGCGAUUUUUCUCUACGAUUCCAAAUUCCUUCUCUCUACCACUCUCGAAUCAGAACAGACAAGGCAAUUUUCAGAUCGACGCUGAGGUAAGGCAAGGAUCAACCUUUCACUCUUCCUGCUGAACUUUGCUUUCUGUUUUCUUUUCCUUUCCCUUUUCCUUUUUUUUCCUUUGAUUUUCUAGGUUCCUGCGGUUUGGAAACUAUUUGAAACUGCAAAACAUGAUGGCUUCCUUCACAAGUUUGGUUUUUUUUCAUGUGGGUUUCAUGGGUUUUAGCUUAGGAUCAUUUAUAUAUGAUUGUUAUCUUGGAUCAUUUGAGAUUUUAACUGUCAUUAAAAUUUUAAUCCUUUGUUAAUUACGCAUGAAUUGGGUAUUAUGAUUAUCUUAGGUUGGAGGGUGUUGAUUAAGUUUCAAGUCGAGCUAUAGCUAGGGAAAUUUGAGCCCAAUAAGUCUUGGGAUGCUGAAAAACACUCAAAACUAAGUUUUAGAUAUUUUUGCUCCUAAUUUUUUUCAAGUAUGGUUGAUAAACAUUUUUCCCUUAGUUUUUAAUAUUUGUAAAAAAAAAAAAAUGCAAUUUAUCGCUCUAUAACAUUAUCCUUUUUUUAUACCAAUUUCAUAUUUCGAUUGUGGGAUUUAUCCUUUUAGUAUCCUACCGUGGUUUUAUAAUUAGGAAGUGUUAGAGUUGGAGAUUUCACAUAUUGAGGGUUUAGAUUCAUAUUCUUAGUGACUCAUGGGGACCCCAGAAACAUCUCGAGAGCCCUGCCCUGACUGUAUUCUCGAUGAUAUUGGUGGUGCAUUUGGUAUGGGUGCUGUUGAAGGUGCAGCAUUCCUCUUUUUGAAAGGCCUAUAUAACUCUCUUAGUGGGGCUCGCCUGUUUGUAUGAAUGCCCCUCGAGUUGGUGGUAGUUUUGCUGUUUGGGGUGGCCUUUUUUUUUUUUCCACAUUUGAUUGCACGAUGGUCUAUGUGCAACAAAAAGAGGAUCCAUGGAACUCAAUAAUAGCAUGUGCUGCCACUGGAGGUUUUCUUUCAAUGCGUCAGGGAUUUGGUGCUGCUUCCAGAUCAGCAAUCUUUGGUGGUGUUUUGCUUGCUUUGAUUGAAGGAGCAGGCAUCAUGUUGAAUAUGCUUCUUUGUGCACCACAGAAUAUGCCGAUCAUGAUGGAAGAGCCAACACUAAAUGUGGCCAGUAUGCCUAGAAUUCCAGUGGGACAAUUGCCAGGUCAAGCCCCGGUAUUGUCAACACCACCAUCAACACCUCCUGCAUCAUCUCCUUCUUCGUCAUAGUCUGGUGGCCUUUUCGGUGGUGAAAAGAAGCAAGAGACAACAAGUAGUGGAAGUAAGACAGAGGUUUUGGAGAGCUUCGAUGCUCCUCCAGUGCCAUCAUUUGAAUAUCAAUGAAGUGGAUUCGUUGGCAAGAUAUUGCAUCCUCUCCGUCACUUAUAACAUUACUUUAUUUACAUUUUCAAAUGCUAAAACUCAAUAGAGGUCAGCCCUUGUGGGGGACCUGCAUUUUGUCAUUACUUUUGAAUCAAAAUUUUGCUAUUGC